AUGAUUCUUUUGAGCCUUACCCGGGAAAAGUUGAUCGACAUUGCUUUAGUCGUUUAUAAGUAUCGCUUCUAUCUUGCAGCUGGUUUCCAGGAUUUCCCUUUUACGAUCAAGUCUGAAAGAAUGUUCCAUUUGACUUCACAACAGCAAACACGACGACUAAGGACGGUAGUAUCCACCGCACUCACUAUUGAUGAAGCACUUUUUAUGAGCGCUUCGGUACUUAGCUGGAUCGCCUAUAAAACCUCGAUUGAUGAUACCCUACCAAAUGAUGUAAUAAUUAACUCAUGGCCUUCGCAAGAGAUAGCUUUGGCGUGUGCGAGCAUGAGCACUGUAGGUAUGAUCACUUUGCCAAUUUUGAUCCAUCGAUCAUGGUCGAAGACGAGAUCAAGUGAACAUGUUAGACGCAGCAGAGGUACUCCUUUAACGCGAUCAUGGACUUUACCUGGGUGGCUUUUCAGUCUAACAUCAUUGGUCAUCAUCGUUGGCGUCGCAUAUCAUAGUCAGCACGUUUUUGCUUCAAGCCUGGUUCGUCCUUCAGUUGCUUGCACAUUAACGGCUAUUGUUUUGGCAUUUGUCGUUAUGACCUGGUCGAUCAUGAAUCCAUACUCAAUACGCAGUACAAACAACUUGGAUCCUCGUCUUCAAGUCGAUUGGUAUCAUCAACGCAGCACGAGCAACAAAGAUGUCAGACAAGCAUACCCGUUUGCUGCUCAAAUGCCGAAACGCAAUAGAGGAUUUGUGAAAAGGUUCUUGUCAUCUCCACAAGAGCAGAAAUACAAAUACCAGAUCAGACCCAAAUAUCACGCCAACAUAUUCUCGCCAGUCAGCUACAACAACCCGAGCGGCCAGCAGUAUGAAUUGACAUCCGAACUAAACAGUAUCUCACCUUUCGAUCAAAGAUCUCUUCAUCGAACUCCUUCUCAAAGUAGUACAGCUCAAAAUGAAGGAGUAAUUCGUCAUCAAAAUUCAUUCUCUUCCAUUCAUUCAAAGCAAAUAAAGCGUAAACAAAUCAAAGAAAGUGAUUAUCCUUUAGAUGAACAACUCAUUAUAUCACAGUCAAACCGAUCUUUUGAUGAUAUCCAAUAUUUCGAUGCAAGAUCGAUCGUUUAUAGUAUACAUACUCCACCUUUGGCGGCGGCAGAAUCGGAAUCGGCUUCAUUGCAUUCGCUCUCACCUAAUUCUUCAUCAUGCAACCUGGCAACACCAAAAGAUAGUUCUGUCUUGCAAGAAGCAAGGAUUGUACACGAUCAGCAGAAGAUACAACAACCACCUACUUGGAUCAUCCCUGUUCCGCCUCCAGCUUUUUCGCCAAAAGUCUUCCCGCGUAAGACUUAUUUGCUUCAUAAUCGUAACGUGCAGGUAUGA